UAGGUUAAUUUAACGAAAUAAUUGAAGAUUACCGAGAUGCGAAUAGUUAUUGUAAUUUGUACUCUAUUAAUAAUUAAUUGUGCCUCGGCCACAUCUCUGUGUCCACCGACUAUUUUUACGUUAUAGUAUUCCAGUGACGUAUAUCCCUCUAACUGAUUCAAACCACAUUUACAGCUACACGUGUAAAAUAUUUCGAAAUAAAAAAGUGAAUAAAAAAGGAAUUAAAACAAUUAUCCUGCGCGCUGUACCAACUACAAAGUCGUAUUAAUCAGUGACUAAUUAAAUCUCCAAAAGGACAGUUUAGGGGGUGUUAGUGGGGAUGAGAUUUAUAAUGAGUCUUAAAAUUUCUAAGUCUAGUGUUAUUGGUUUAUAGAUUCUCAUCUUCUCAUUGAAAUCUAUUGUUAUUGGUUUGAUGAUUCUAUAACUCUAUACAAAAUCAUUUGUUAUUCAAAAAGUUUAGAUUUUAAUGAUUCUACAAAUCUAUUAAAGUAAGUGUUAUUGGAAGUUGAAUUCUUAUCCUUUUAACUCACAAAUUAAGAUUUUGAGAAUACUACAUGUUUACCUUGAAUUCUUAGAAUCAUUACAUUACUUUAUUUUCAUAGAUUUUCACAAUAUACAAAAUUCUCUACAUCUCUUUCCAAAUUUAACAAAUCUCUCAACUUUUAAAAUCAACAAACUCUAUAGAAAUCUAAGUCCCACUAACACCCCCUUAUAUUCUUUUUCUUUUUCAGCAGGCCACGAUAUAUAUAAAAAGGUACAAAACUUCUUCAAGGAUAGUCGACAAAGAAGAAUACAUUACCUAACAAAAAUGAUGAUGAAAGAUGUUCAAAACAUGAGAUCCGAGAAGAUUAGUGCCAAGGACGAACCUUUUCAGUCACCAGGAGAUUACGUUAGAUUCAUAAGCCCAGAGGUUUACAAAUCCAACAGACAGAAAUAUCUCAGAAGCUACACGUUCAAAAGCUACGAGGAGGAAGCAGACUUGUCUCCCAAGAAACAGAGGAAGUGGUUCAAGAACAAGAAGAUGAUCAAGUUUAAGAAGACAAGUGACUCAUUUGGCAACUCGCUCAAGUCUUGUCUCAUCCUCUUGUUCUCUUGCUUCCAUGUCUGAUUCUUCUAAUAUGUAUAAGAUUACCCACUCCUCUUUUUAUCUUUCUUUUGUCUAUCGUAAUUUCAAUCCAUCUUCACUUUGCUUUUGGAAUAAAUUCGAACUCCUUGUGUAAACUUUAACUAAAUUUUAUUCGAAUAUCACACUGUUGUCUCGUUUUCAUUGACAUUGAA